UACCAAUUGGCCCCACUCCGAAUACUAUAUUUGAUUUUUGGAAAUCAACCCAAAACCAAGCUAGCUGCGAUGUAUAUGUAGCCUAACCUUGCUUGUCUUGGUUUGGUUUACGCAUGAAUGGCUCAUUUACUGGCGAGUAAUCCCAGUCCUUCACAUAAAAUUGUGUGCUCAAACUUGGGGUACGGUGCUGGAAGAGGUUCCAAAAGUGAUUCUUGCAGAGUGGGAAGGAAAAGGCGAGGAGAUGGUUUGGUGUUGCAAUGCAGCACAAGCACAAGCACAAGCACCAGCAGUUCGCAAUUGCCUUGUGUUGAUCAGGAUGUGAGGUUGCAGAUAGAGAAUGGUAGCAGUGGAAAGCUGAAGCAGCAGUUUGAGUAUUUGGCGUGUGAAUAUGGAUGGAGAGUAAGGAGGCUAUUUGAAAACGCAGAUGAGAUAAGGAAGGCAUCUGAGGUUCAGGCCGAAGCAUUUCAUGUUCCUGUCUCUAUUUUCAACGACGUGUUCCUUCAAUUCUUUCAGGCGGAAGUGCUUUCGGGGCUCCUUUACAAGCUUAAAAACUCACCACCUAAUAGGUAUGCUUGUUUGGUAGCUGAGCCAGCAAAAGAUGAUCCAGAUUCAGCAAAACAACUUGUGGGUGUCAUAGACGUGACUGUCUUAAGAGACCGAAAUGUGCUUCAACAUCUUCCACCUGAAGCUGAAGAGUACCUCUACAUAUCAGGAAUAGCCGUCUCCAAAAUACUCAGGAGGAGGAAAAUAGCGACUGCACUGUUGAAAGCCUGCGACAUGCUUUCCAUUUUGUGGGGUUUUGAGUUUCUUGCCCUUCGAGCCUAUGAAGAAGAUCUAGGUGCUCGCAAAUUGUACACAAAUGCUGGGUACCAAGUCGUGUCUCGAGAUCCACCGUGGACAAGUAAUUGGAUUGGAAAGAAAUGUCGUGUUCUUAUGAUCAAAAGAACUAGUAUGCCUAAGUAGCCUAAUUUAGAGUAGAAUUGUUAAGACAUAGACAUCUAAACAAAAUAACUGUAAUCAAGGUAUAUAGUAUGUGCUAGUGUGAUUUGUUCUUUGUUUCUCAUAUUUCGCCCCCUUUUCCUGUGUAAGAAAAGAUUCAAUUAAUUGACCACCUAAAUUCCAUUUCGAAUC